AUGAUAUCUAAAGGUGCUGCUACCGCUUUUGCUACUCUCGGGACGGUAUGCUGGUGUAUCCAGCUGAUUCCCCAAAUUAUUUCCAACUAUAGAAGAAAAGAUUGUACCGGAUUCCCACCAUUGAUGAUGUUCCUCUGGGUCGUGUCUGGUAUCCCAUUUGCGAUAUAUUUUUGUGUAAGUAGAGGUAACAUUAUACUUCAAAUACAGCCACAUCUUUUUAUGUUUUUCUGUGCUGUGAGUUUUAUCCAAUCUUGCUAUUAUCCGCCCACACAAUUAGACAAACGCAUCAUCAUCGCUAUCAUUGCUGGAUUAAUUUUGCUCGAUGUUGGUAUGGAAGUGGGGUUCAUUCUUUGGUUGAGGCUAUUGUAUGAUAGAGGUAUCGAAUGGCCUGAUUUAAUCUUUGGAAUAAUCGCUAGUGUCUUAUUGUCAAUCGGUUUGAUCCCUCCUUACUUUGAAUUGGCGAAAAGGAGAGGGAGGGUGGUUGGUAUCAAUUUCCUCUUCCUUUUUAUCGAUUCUUUAGGUGCGUGGCUGUCGAUUAUUAGUGUUGUCCUAGGUAAUAUGGAUGUUAUGGGUAUUAUACUCUAUGCUUUGGUGGCUGGUUUAGAGAUAGGUAUAUUUGCAUCUCAUUUUAUUUGGUGUUGUAGAUUCAAAUGGUUUGGUAAAAAGUUAAUAGAUUCUGAGUCAGAGGAAAAAGAGACAGAUGAUACUAAUGACGCAAAUAUGCUUGAUUUAGAAAAAAUCCAGUCCAAUGAUAAACCUCAUAGCUACACGGCUGUCCCUGAUGAUAACACAAUUAAGUUCGUUUUCGAGGAUAGUGACGAUAUCUCAAUUAGCUCAGAUACCUGCGUGAUCCAACAAAAUAAUUCGUCGAACGUCCAUGCUGUUCAUGGUAUUGUCUUGGCGAAAACUAUAUAA